AUGGUCCAGAACACCGGAGGCAUCGACGCACUGCUUCAGGAAGAGCGGAUCUUUCCGCCUCCCGCCGAUUUCGUGGCCAAGGCCAAUCUGUCGGACCCCGACAUCUAUGCGAAGGCCGCCGCCGACCCGGAGGGGUUCUGGGCGGGACUCGCCGAGGAGUUGGACUGGUUCCAGAAGUGGGACACGGUGCUGGACUGGAGCGACGCCCCGUUCGCCAAGUGGUUCAUCGGGGGCAAGCUCAACGUGUCGUACAACUGCAUCGACCGGCACGUCAAGAAUGGUCGGCGCAACAAGGCCGCCAUCGUCUGGGAAGGUGAGCCGGGCGACUGGAAGGUAUACACCUACGGUGACCUGCUGCGCGAGGUGUGCCAGUUCGCGAACGGGCUGAAGAGCCUGGGCGUUCAGAAGGGGCGACCGGCCACGGCCAAGUGGAUCUUCGACCUUAAAGAGGACGACGUCUACUGGUGCACCGCCGACAUUGGCUGGGUGACCGGGCACAGUUACAUCGUCUAUGGACCGCUGGCCAACGGCGCGACGACGGUGAUGUACGAGGGCUCACCCGACUACCCCGACCGCGACCGCUUCUGGGCGGUGGUGGCCAAGUACGGGGUGAGCAUCCUGUACACCGCGCCCACGGCCAUCCGCACCUUCAUGCGCUGGGGCGAGAGCUAUCCGCAGAAGCACGAUAUGUCCACGCUGCGGCUGAUGGGGACGGUCGGGGAGCCGAUCAACCCGGAGGCGUGGGUGUGGUACUGGCAGCACAUCGGCGGGGGCCGCUGCCCGGUCGUGGAUACAUGGUGGCAGACGGAGACGGGCAGCAUCAUGAUCGCGCCGAUUCCGGGACUGACGACGCUGAAGCCCGGUUCGGCCACCAAGGCAUUCCCAGGGAUCGAGGCGGAGAUCCUGGACGGCGACGGCAAUCCCGUCGGUCCCGGCAGUGGCGGAUACCUGGUAGUCAAGAGGCCGUGGCCUUCGAUGCUGCGCACGGUGUACGGGGAUCCGGAUCGCUUCAUUGACACCUACUGGUCCCGCUACGACGGCAUCUACUUCACCGCCGACGGCGCCAGAAUGGACGAGGACGGCUACUUCUGGCUGCUGGGCCGGGUGGACGACGUGAUCAACGUGUCGGGCCACCGCAUCGGCACCAUGGAGGUAGAGAGCGCGCUGGUGGACAACCAUAAGGUGGCCGAAGCCGCGUGCAUCGGAAAGGAUCACGCGGUGAAGGGGCAGGCCGUCGUCGCGUUCGUUACGCUGAAGGACGGCGUGGACAUGUCCGACGACGUUAUCACCGAGUUGAAGGCACAUGUGGCCGGCAAGAUCGGAGCGAUGGCCCGCCCCGACGACAUCCACUUCGCCGCCGAGUUGCCCAAGACCCGCAGCGGCAAGAUCAUGCGCCGCCUGCUGCGCGACGUCGCCGAGGGCCGCGCGCUGGGGGACACGACAACGCUGGCCGACCCAACGGUGGUGGACUCGCUGAAGACGCAGUACGGGGACGAGGAGUAG